GACAGUAAAUACAAUUAUCAGGCGGGUAGCGGGAGGUUUGGAGCAUAAUGGUGCCGAAGCAACUUCAAUAUAGAUGAAAAAAUAAAAAUAAAAAGUAGCCAUAGCAACCACCGCACUGUGUCGUAGCAACCAAGGAGGAAGGUCGAGACUUAAUGGAAAAGAAAAGCCCACAAGAACGACAAGAAGGCGUCUAUGCACGUAUCCAACUGCUACAAAGUUCCAAUGCAGCACUCUUGGCUGAGAAUGAGCUGUUUGAAAGCUUUGUCAUCCGCCUGGAUCGACAGGACCCAUUGACCCAGCCUGUGGCUGGAACCACCCAACUGGAGGACAGGGGUCAAUGUUGGAGGCAGAGAUCUCAGGGCAACUUGCUCGACAGCCUUCUACAGCUGACCUUGGGACAAAAACUGCACGUGGCACAAAGGGAAAUAGCCGAGAUGAUAAGAGACCAGCAGAAAGACAAGGAGCGGUCCGAGAGAAUUCUGAACAACUACAAGGUUAGUAUGGCAAAGGAAAAUAAACAUUACAUUUUCACCUCUGUGACUCCCUUUCAGGCCUCCCUCAAAGAAAUUGAUCUACAGCGAGCAGACAUCCGCAGGGACAAGAAUGACUUUGAACACAGAUUCCUCAAACCAUUGAAGAAGAUGUCAGAAAUGAAAGAACCACUAAAGUUACUCCAGUACAUUAGGAGUAAGCAGGCCAGCCAGAGUGACAAGUUAAAACUGAAGAUCCAAGGACUGAAGGAGAAGGAGAAGAGGCUCCAGCAGCAGCUGCAGGAGAAAAGAGAGCUGGGAAAAGCAGGACUCGAGGACAUUUUCUUGGAGUACAGCGAGCCGACAAUCGACAUCGAAGAACUCCAGGUCAAACAUUUGCGAGCACAGCGUACCCUGAGCGCUCACAAGGAGAAGCUUCAGCGUGUGACACAAGAGUUUGCACAGCUGAGCAGAGACAUCACUAAACGGAAGGAGAUGCUGGAGAAAAUAGAAGAGGACAUACUACUUGCUGAAGAGGAGCGUUCAAAGGCUGAGGACCAGAACACGCAGCUGCGCCGCCAGAUGUCCACUUACCAGGCACCCGACAUCGCCCAGUAUAUGCACAUCAAGGACAUGCACAAGAGACUGCAGCAGAGGGUCCACACUUGGCAGAGGAAGGUUGGGAUUGCCGAGAUGACAUCCAAGUCUAAAGCAUGGAGCCAACACAGAGGCACUUCUGUCGUCAGUGCAGAAGCUGGAACAGUUGACAGCCAAUGUCCAGAUGCAGUGAAGCUGCCAUACAUAGCACAACAUGGCAAAUCUUAGCUUUAAAGAAGGACUUCCUGUGUUCAUAAACAUCAAAACCUCAGGUCCAUGUGACACCUGUGAGUCUCCGUGAAGAGGAACUAGAGUAAAUACAUCCUUCGGAGGGUCCACAUCCAUGCUUCAACUUCGUGUCUUUGGCUAUGAUGCCAACUUAGCUACACCUUUGCAUUCCACAUCGUAUUGAUUGCAUACUGUAUUUCAUCUACGAUAGCAAUAUUCGGCUAACAGGUGACAUUUCAGUAUGAACCUAAAAUGCACUGUAAACCUUUAUAGGUAACUUAUUCUAAGCUUUUCAACGUACUGUAGUAUACAUGUCCAACUGUUCAGCCACUUUUUGUAAGUACUUCAGGAGAUGUCUACAAAAGUAUCAUGCUGAGAUAUAGUUCAUCAUGAAGUAGUGGUUUUCUCCAACUGUCCAAAAGCAAUAUAGCUACUGCACCACACACCAAAAUGACACCAGUUGCACUUCACAUCAAUGAUUCAAAUCUCAACAGAGUACCGCAAAGUUAAUCAGGUCAAGCAGCACUUCACUUCUCAUCACAGCAGCUUUGUAAUGGCAAGGUAGCAUUCACAACACUUCAACGGAGAGGCUAGCUAGGUAAAAACACUCCAGAUUGUGGUCGUCUGGUUUCUUGCCUGACUGAUAAACAUUAUAUGCGCCGUGAUGUGUCCACUUCUUACAACCUCUAACCUAACUAGUGGAUACUUUCUAUGCUGUGCUAAGGGAAGCCUUUGUGAUUUGUUGUUGAAGUUGAUACCAAACGUAUCACACAAUAAGUCUUGUCUGACUGUGGGGACUGAAAUUACAGCUGUCUUUAUUUUUCUAACUGUGACAAUAUCUUCCACUAUAUAGAGCAGUGGUGGGGAAUCUAGGGUGCAUGUGCCACAUACAGCCUGCAAGAGCAUUGGAUUCGGCCUGCCAUGCAAUUCUAAAAACACAAACCUCAGAGGAAUU